CAACUCGCCAGCUCGGGCUGGUGAGUGUCAUCAAACACGGGCUCCGUGUAUGUAUUCACGUUUACUUCAUAUUUGGGCCCUUGUCUUUGACACGCUCUGGGGGCCACCGGGGCUAAAUCAUUCAAGGCGCGGGCACAAAAACAAGUGUGCGCGCUCCCGUUGCCGAGUGCAGGCAGGCAGUCCGCGGCUCCCCCGGAAUGACUCCCACACCGGCUCAGCGAUGUGGCACCGAUCGCGGUUCUUACCCCGAAGUCACAUAGAUGAUGAGCUGUAACCUGCGUGUGUCCGAGCUGAGCGUCUCUGUACUGCGAUGGUGACAACAUGUCUCCUCAGCGCUGCGCAGCUUAGAGAGGACAGCGGAGUGGAGCAACGUGUACACCUACUGUACAGUGGGCUGUUGCAGUAAGGCAGCAUCAUGGAGGCUGGGUGUGUGGUUGCCGCGGUGAUUGAAAAUGCUACCUCAGGAGUCCAGGGAGAAACAGGAAGUAGUGACGUUCUUGAGGGAGAUGUGCUACCAUUUACUGACCUGGACAAAGAUGAUGCCUUACUUCAAGCCAUCAAAAAUAAUCUUCUAGAAGAGAAACAGCGACAAGAGACAUCCACUGCCAUGGUGAAGGGUGAUAUCACAGAGCACACAUCCGAACCCCUCCUGCUCUCCUGCGCCAGCACAGCUAGCAUGAAGGUCAAGAACAUCAAGAAGUUAAUGUUCCCCAGAGGUCACUUCCCCAGGCUGGCAGAGUGUGCCCAUUUCCACUAUGAGACUGUUGACUUUGGCAGUGUUCAGUUGGCCUUCGCAGAAGGGCAGAGUGACACACCAAAGGCUGGUCUGGACUCCAAACAGCUGGUCUUUCUGGUCCAGAUCACUUGCCAGGGUCGAAACUGGCUGGUGAAGAGGUCCUAUGAAGACUUCCGGGUUCUGGACAAACACCUGCAUUUGUGUAUCUAUGACCGUCGUUAUUCCCAACUCACUGAGCUGCCACGAUACGACACGUUAAAGGAUACUGUUGAGUCAGUAACCAAGAUGUUGGCUACCUACCUGUCCCGCUUCUCAGCCAUUGCUGACAACAAGAUCAACUGUGGUCCAGUACUAACAUGGCUGGAGAUGGACAACAAGGGGAACCAUCUGCUGGUGUCUGAAGAAGCCUCGAUCAAUGUCCCUGCCAUCGCUGCCGCCCACGUCACCAAGCGUUACACUGCCCAGGCCACAGACGAGUUGACAUUUGAGGUGGGAGACAUCGUGUCAGUGAUAGACAUGCCUCCUAAAGAGGACACAGGCUGGUGGAGAGGGAAACAUGGCUUUCAGGUUGGUUUCUUCCCCUGUGACUGUGUUGAGCUGAUAAAUGAAAAGAUUCUCCCCGGCGUUCAAAGCUCUGUGCCAAAGCCAGUGUGUAAGAAGCAUGGGAAGCUGGUGACGUUCCUGAGGUCUUUCAUGAAGUCCCGCCCGCCGCCGCAGAAGCUGCGGCAGCGUGGUAUCCUCAGAGAGCGAGUGUUUGGCUGUGACCUGGGUGAACAUCUCCACAACUCUGGACAUGAGGUCCCACAGGUUGUUAAGAGCUGCGCUGAGUUCAUAGAAAAGCAUGGGGUGGUGGAUGGAAUCUACCGACUCUCUGGCAUCUCCUCCAACAUCCAGAAACUGAGGCAUGAGUUUGACUCAGAGCAGAUCCCAGACCUGAGCAGAGACAUCUUCAGACAGGACAUCCACUCAGUGGGCUCCCUCUGUAAGCUGUACUUCAGAGAGCUGCCCAACCCUCUGCUCACUUAUCAGCUCUACGACAGAUUCUCAGAGGCCGUGUCUGCAGCCACAGAUGAGGAGAGGCUGGUCAAAAUCCACAAUGUCAUCCAGCAGCUGCCUCCUCCACAUUACAGGACCCUGGAGUUCCUGAUGAGACAUCUCUCCCACCUGGCCACGUUCAGUUCCAUCACUAGCAUGCACACUAAAAACCUUGCUAUUGUCUGGGCACCUAACCUCCUCAGGUCCAGACAGAUUGAGUCUGCCUGUUUUAGCGGCACAGCUGCGUUCAUGGAGGUGCGCAUCCAGUCAGUGGUGGUGGAGUUCAUGCUCAAUAACACAGAGGCGCUCUUCAGUCCAAAACUCAACGCCAUCAUAAGGGAAUGCACUGGUAACAACACCUUAUCCAGACCCAAGUCCCUGCUGGUCUGCUCCCCGUCCACAAAGCUACUGUCCCUGGAGGAGGCUCAGGCUCGCACUCAGGCACAAGUGAGCUCCCCGGCCACCACCCCAUGCCUCACCCAUAGUGACUACAUCGAGGUCGGGGAGGGACCCGGAGCUCUGCUCGGCAAGUUCCACACAGUCAUCGAGCUCCCGAUGGAGAGUAUUAAGCGGCCUCCUGCCAAGGCUAAGAAGUCGCCUGUGGGGAACUGGCUGUCCUUUUUCCACAUGGGCAAGUCCCACUCUGUGUCUAAACGUAAACUGAAGCGACACCCCAGUGAGCCUAACGAAAUAAAGUGUAUUGCACUGCCAGGUGGAAGAGGAGACACCGGCACAUUGCGCUCUACCAAAAGUGAAGAAUCUCUCACAUCUUUGCACAAUGUCAAAGGAGAACCUCCAAGUUACCGUCCCCUCCGGCCUCAUUCGAUUAGUGAGGCCAUUUCUGCCGUCAGUAGAGAUGAUCUACGCAACAGCAGAAGUAAAGGCGAACACAGAGCCCCUCCAAUAGAAGAGAGUCAUAAUGGUGCUGACCGUGUUCAUACCACAGCAUGUGUUUCACCUCCAAACCAGGAGGAUGACCUCAAUCUUUGUCCACCGGCUGCAGGCAUCUCUAGUCUGGACUUUGACCCCAUGUCUUUUCAGUGCAGCCCACACUCAGCGACACCUGGACCGCAACACAACAGAGACGGAAAUAAGUGGAGAAAGAGCGUAGGUUGUUCUAGUGAAUCAGAGCCGAUUUCCUCUCCCAACAACAAUAUUAGCUGCUCUCAGUCUCCAGAUAUUAGCCCAGUUCUUGAUAAUGGUGGGAAGCAGGUUACGUCCAAGCCACACACUCCUAAACUCAGGAAGAAAUCAUCAAAGAUGCAAGCAGGUGUUCAGGUGGCAUCUGCCUCUCUGCCACCUCUUCCAUCCUCCUCUUCCCCACCGGGGAAGGGUGGAGUUCCAGUGGUAGAUGGAAAAGGGCAAAGAGCAUCCUUUCAACACUGCAGCCCACUGAGCACAGCGAACCAGGCGUCAGCUCUCACAGACUUCAGUCAAUCUGCCCAGAACCUGUCGGAUCCAGGAACAGAUAGACUUAUGAGUUCAGUGUCUGUUCUCCCUCCUCACCCUCCCUCGAUGAGUGCUGCACGCAAGUUGGCUUUGGCCCUGGCCGAAUCUGCCCAGAGGGCCAGCAGCGGCUCCCAGAGAAGAAACAAUGCCCUAUCGUACCCUCUCCAGAGACUGAAAGCGCCUCACCACCAGGACAGACUGCCCCAGCCCUCUGUUUUUGAUCUCAGAGUUUAUCCCCAGGAGUACAGCGGCCCUCAUGCCUCCUCUGUUUCCCAGUGGCAAACAUCAUUGCGCAGUCCUGUGGAGAGUCUCUGCCGCCCUCGCCCUGUUCAUUUCCUAACCCCACAUCCCUGCUCUGAGCUGUUGCAGGACACUGAUGGACAGGAAAGCAUAUGCAAUUUCACACCUAACGUCAGCCCGCUCGGGUCAGGGAGCUUGGAUGAAGGCAGUGCAGAGAGGAGGGAUUGCAGAGAGGAAAAAGAGCUUAUGGAUGUCACACAGGGCGAGCCCACCUAUCAGAGCGUUGGUGUUUCGACACCCACUCAGCCUGUCUGCUCGGCUCAGAGUCCAUCAACUUCUCCUGUAUAUGUGAACACUAACUCCGUCAAUGUCUUUAAUUUCCGUGCUGUUCUGGCUGAGACCUCCAUGCCUGCCUCUAUUGAAGAGGUCCUUCCACGUCCAUUACAGCCCUCCUCAACUCAUCAGUACAUUGCAGAUGAGAACAGACCUCUAGGCAUGGUUGAGGAUGUCUACAGUCAUCAUUGUCAUCAUCAUCGUCAGCCGAUUCAAACAGUACAAAUGCCUGCACAUCACUGCCCUCGGCCUGAUGCUCUGCAGCAUCACCUUUCCGGACCAAACAGCUUGUAUAGGCAGUCCCCUGAGAGCCGCUACAGCACUUUAGGUUUAAGGCACCCUUUGUCACCUCAGUACAGACGUUACCAUAGAGAUGAGCAGCUUAUGAGUGGUUGCCACAGACAACAAGGCCAGUGGCAGAGGCCAGAAGAGAGAAUAAUUGGGCAGCCGGCCAUGCGGAGGGCUCGCUCCUUCCACACCCCUCAGAUAAGUCACCACGACCUGUCAGAGACAGAAGUCCUACCCCCUGACACCAUGUUUUACAUCAGGCAGAAAGCGCCCUACCAGAGGAUGAUUCAGACCGGCAUCCACCCUGUUCGGCCACAAUUUGACAACACACAUGCUGGCUACCGUCACCCCUUGUCAGAUAUGAACCCAGUAGAUGGCUCCCACUAUUAUGUAGAGCCUUACCGACAAAGUGGCGUCCGACACAAUCAGUGUUACACCGGGCGCUCCACGAGGGAAAGUGGGCAGUCAGAUUACUACAACUUCUCCCCUCGUCAUGUCCCCCCUGUGAACAGGGAGCUUUAUAUAGCAAGCAGGGGCACCGUGGUUUACGAAGCUAGAGACGCAGAAGUUUUUGAAAGAGUCAUAUAUCAGCCAAUCAAGCAGGAGAAUAAGUACAGGUGUCCAGUUGUGUCUCCUUAUGAGAGUCCUUUCUCUCCGACUGACACAAGAAGCAGAGACAUAAUGCACACAAGGAGCAAGUCAGACCCUGGAAACGCCUGCCUCCUCUCCAGUGACAGGGCAGAAAACCAAAAUGUUGUUUUUGCUACAUCCCUGACAUCCCCGAGGUCUCAACAGCUAGACCCUGUGGGCACCAGGCAGCAGCGUGGUCGCCACUCUAGUGUGGAGCCAGGACCAUCCAGGCGCAUUCAGAUCAAAGAGAGGUCACCCCAGCAGCCUCCGUUUCGCAAAGUCCCCUCACUCCCAGAAGGGGGCUGUCUUAAUCUGAAAAACAUCGAGCACAGAGACAGAAGCCAUACACAAGGUCAUGACCAGGAUCAAUUAAUGGUGACCACUGCUGUCAACAGCUAUUCUGGUAUUGUGAAACCCAGCAUCCUCAGGAGACCCAGGCGGUCACAGAGCACCAGAGAAAACCGUCACUACUAUCAUUACCAUGCCAAAUCCCCUCUGGAUCCUGAACAUCUGGGGUCCUUUUCCUCUCAGUUCAACAGAAGGACUCAGAGCACUAAAGUCAGGCCCACACAAAGUGACCACAUGGAAGGGUAUUACGCAGUGCCCAAACCUAAGCCCACAAGAUCUAGUAAAGCCGUGACUGAAUAUUUGCCUGGCCAGGGCUGCAUGUCUCCCCGCGGGCACAGACUGCUGUCCAAGGCUCUGGGUCAUGAGGCGUUUUAUCAUGCUGCACUGAGAUCACAGGCUGGGGUCUACGAGUGAUUCUGACUACUGGUCUUUAUCAGAUUCCAUAUCUGGACAACUGCACUUUAUCCUCUGUCAGACCAACAGACUGUUGCACUGAAAGCACGUGUUCAGUCUUCAUGAGCUGCUAACAAAGUGUGAAGUGAGGCUGCCGCUGAGGACUCAUCACCGUCGCUGGUAGUUUCAUAUUUAGCUGUUCUUUUUGAAGAAGCUCAUAGGGAACAAAUAAAUUGUACAUAGAUAUUGUAUUGUAGAGAGUUGACAGGAACAGCAAGACAGGCAUGUUUGAGAAAAUGGUGGCUUGUAUAUAUUAGGAGAUGAGAAGCAAAAAUAACUGGCUUUAUUAAUAUAAUUUUAAAGUACAUAUAGAAAUAUAUAUAUAAAAUAACAUUCAUUUUAAAUGUAUUAUAUUUGUAUGACAAACAGCUAACAUGUGGCCAAUGUACUGUACAUUUUGUUUUCUAUUCUCAGACUUCAGCAAGCACUUUGGAGGAUACCUGUUUAUGAAACACAUUGUCUUAACGUGGUCUACAUGAAGCCUCUUGAUAUACAGUUUAUAUUUUUUCUGUAAGAAAUGGCUUGCUCUGAAUCAGCAUUAAAUACUGGAUUAGCACUUUGGCACAUUGUUUCAUCGCACAUCGUAUAAUGCCAUCUUAAAAUAACAAUGCAUGCUAUGAUUUCUAAUGAGUUCAAAGCUACCAUGGCAAAAUAUGCUAGUCAAAUCAGCUGCAAGUGUAUUUUGUAUGGUGGUGUGGUUUUGUCACAAAAUGAAUAUUUCUUUCCUCUUUUAGGGAGCUUUUAACAAUGUGGUGUUUUACAUGAAUUUUGAUGUUUUAUUUCAAACCCAAACAUGUAGAUGAGGAUAUUCUGUUAAGAUGUUAAAUGCAUUAUUUUAGCGAGAGUCUUAAAAGUAAUAAAGAUAUCAUGAACGAUGA